UGCGAGCUUGGGGCUGAUAAUUAGGGAUCUCGGGAGAGCAGUUUCUCAGAAUAACGUACUCUCCUUCAAAUGGACCGGAUGGAGACAGUGGUUCAGUCCUGCUGAUAUUUUUUAAGCCCUCCUCGCAGUUUGAUGGGCAUUCCCAGAGCUUUUGUGCACGUCUCGGAAAGCGUUGACGUGGAAAGGAGCAGCGAGGAGGGGGAGGUUGGAGGAGAAAGCUGCAGCUCCUCCAAAAACACGGAGGGCAUGCAAGGGAGCGAGCAGGCUGGGGAGGAGGGCGAGGUGGGCGCACCUCGCACCAUGUUCCCCCGGUGCCGGCGCGGCGCAGUUUCGGAGAUGUCUCUCCUGUGACUGGACGCACCAUGAGCAUCUGGGAGCUGGUCCUGGCUUUCGUGGUGGUGCUGCUGAUGCUCGUGGCCCUGCUGGCCAACGUGCUGGUGCUGCUGUGCUUCCUGUACAGCGCCGACAUCCGCAAGCAGGUCCCGGGAUUGUUCAUCCUCAACCUCACCUUCUGCAACCUGUUGAUGGCCGUUUCGAGCAUGCCCCUGACCUUGGCCGGGAUCAUUUACAAGAGUCAGCCAGGAGGAGAUCAUAUCUGCCACGCUGUGGGCUUCCUGGAGACUUUUCUCACCACGAAUUCCAUGUUGAGCAUGGCAGCUUUGAGCAUUGACAGGUGGAUUGCUGUGGUCUUCCCUCUAAGUUACCACUCCAAAAUGAGGUACAGAGAUGCUGCUCUCAUACUGAGCUACACGUGGUUGCACUCGGUGUCGUUCCCGAUAGUGGCAGCUUCUCUCUCCUGGGUGGGUUUCCAUCACCUCUAUGCCUCCUGCACCCUGUACAACAAGAGACCAGAGGAUAGGACACAGUUUAUGAUUUUCACUGGGGUCUUUCACGCCCUCAGCUUCCUCCUCUCUCUUAUAAUCCUAUGUUUCACAUAUCUAAAAGUGCUGAAGGUGGCACGGUUUCACUGUAAGAGGAUUGACGUGAUCACUAUGCAGACCCUGGUGCUGCUUGUGGACAUCCAUCCCAGCGUGAGAGAGCGUUGUCUGGAAGAACAGAAGAGGAGGAGGCAGCGAGCAACAAAGAAAAUAAGUACCUUUAUUGGUACCUUCAUACUUUGUUUUGCACCUUACGUAAUUACAAGACUUGUUGAAUUAUCCUCUGUGGUCCACAUCAAUUCCCACUGGGGAAUCAUUUCCAAGUGCUUGGCUUACAGCAAAGCUGUUUCAGACCCUUUUGUGUACUCUUUGCUCCGGCAUCAGUACAAGAAGACGUGGAAGGACAUCAUAAACAAGAUCCUCAAGAGGAGCUCCAUCAACACCUCCGCCCUCACGAGCGAAUCGCACAACCCGAACACAUCGCAGCUGAACGAGUGAGGAGCCUGGUAUGGGACCUAAAAGACGUAAAACAUGAUAUGUGUGGAACAAAACUCAAUGGCCUAUCCCUAGUAGCUCUCCUCAGCUGCCCAGGUUUUGGGAGGCAGUCAUGGGCAGGGUCAGUGCCAGCCCACGCCCUUCCAGUAGCCCACGUUAACAUCUUAGGGAGUCAAGGCUGCUUUGGACCUCCUGCCUCCGACUGGGAGAGCACUAUUGAUCCGUGGUCCUGCAGGCUUCACAAAUACAAAUCUCCCAUUGAUUUCCAUCAGCAGCUGCAUCCACAGAUAAAAAGCUAGUCCUCGGCAGAAGGGCUCAUGAAAGUAACGGGAGCAAACUGGUGCCGUCGUAAGGUUGUUCUACAAAGCUGUGCUGAGUUUUUCACUGGCUGCAGGUAAAGCUCCCCCUUGAUGUAGCUGCCAACAUGGCUUUGCAAAACCCACCCCAGCCUAGUUGCUUGGAGAGGUUGUGUAUAGGAAAAAAAAUAGUGGAAAAAGCUUAAAAAAAAAAUUAAAAAUCUUUAUUUAUCUUAAUAUUAGUCCAGUGCCCAACACAGCUUUCAUAUAUGUACUUUUUGAAACAAUCCUGUAGAACUGAAGGAAAAAACACUCUUGAAGUAUGCUACAGGGUGGAUUCAGCCGUGAAUUUAAAUUUUAAAGGAAUUUACACAAAAUCCCACUAAUUUUCUCCCCAUUAGAUUUCAGAAAAAUUCGUAAGGUAGACAGAGUGGAAAGGUCAGGAUGCCUCCUGCCUAAUUCCAUAUAUCUGAGCUAUAAAGAACUGUAUUUUGCCCAAAUCUGCAGAACUGGGCCCUGUGCCCAGGCAAAAAGAAAAAUAAAAAUCCCUUUUUCUGAGGAGUUAUUAAUAAUGAUUUUUUUUUUUCCUACUUAAAGGAAAGAUGAGCCCAAAUCUGAGUAUAAAGUACAAUUUCCAGAGCAAGUGGAGGAAAAAUAAUAGUCCUCCACUCCACCAAGAAAGUGGAGCCAAUAAUCUGGAUCCACAUCUGAACGAGCAAAUCUCAGGAGGUUUCAGUCCAAAUCUUUACAGCUCUAGAUUGCAAUUAUGCAUAGGAAAAUUAUUAACAUUUCCCGAGCCUUCAGAUGCAUGUGCCCAGAUUUAGAAUAGUCUUGGUUAAUCAGGCUUCAUGCGUGCAGUGGCAGCUUAAAUAACAGCUGACACAGCUGGCUGUGUUACCACCUACCCUUUCUGAUAUUCCCUCUGUCAAUCCCAUACUGAGAAAACACAGCCAGGAUCAUACUGAGAAAACAGGAGCCCCAGUAGUAAAAACGUGGGAUUACUUUUUAGUUACCACCUACUCUCAUCUAAGAAUAGGGCUUAAUAAGUCGCAAAAAACACCCACUGUUGAAUUUUCUGGCUUCUGAUUCAAAGCCCAGACAGGGAACUCAGUGAGGGGCUUCACCCCAAAGCCAGUGAAUGUGGGGUGACACCUCUGUUAUCAGUCUGGAUUGCCCUGCCCUGGCAUGGGCUACAGCUGCAAGGAACCAUGUUAGUAUAUAAAUUUACACAGUCAUCUACUCUGUAAAUGGAAGAAUUUAUAUGAUGAAGAUCAUAAGCAACCAUGUAAAUAAAAAUUUUUAGCUUAAUUACUAUUCAGCUAUAAAAAUACCAUAAUUACAAUGAAAUCUACACACUUUUAUAAUCACAGAAUCUAAGUUCUUACAACACUGCAUUCAAAUUAACCCUCAGCCAGAUUAAAUAGUCUACCUCAUCUCGAUCAUUUUGUUUCUUAGGCUUAACAUAAUUUUCUCAGGUGCAAUGGUUAAAGACACCCAGUUUAAUACUUGUUCCUUAAGAAAUUCAAGUCAUUUUGAUGACUGGAGUGUAUCAGAACACAGGAGUUUAAAAAAAGAUAAAAAGCUCUAUAUCAAUUCACUAUAUGAUUUAAUAAGACCACUUUUACUAAACUGCCCCAGGAUGAUUGUCAAAGUCCACAACUGUUGUUGACUUAUACAAAGGGCUGUUGCCAAACUCAAUGGGAGGUUUGUAUGUUGAUAAGGUUAACUCCAGAAGGAUUUAAAAUUUCAAAUUCAAAGGGAGUAAGAUAAUUUCCUAAGAAAAAACAAACCUGUUCUACAUUUAGGAUGUCUAUCAAAAGGCAGAGAAAAAUAGAGCAUUGGACUUGUCUCAUUAUGCUUGUGUAUCAAAGUCAGUCACUGGUUGAUUUAUGUGUCACCAUGAGCAAUAAAUCUCUCCACUUGUACAUGUUUAAAAAUUUGUCUUUCUUUCAUGGUGCCUUUCUUCUACAAUUAAUCUUAUACCAGAGAAUAGAUAUAAUUUCCCCUUCCUUGCAUCAGCUCUCCGACACGUUGUCAUCUUUCCACCAACCUGAAGCAAGCGGGAGUUGUAAAUGCUGGUGCUUGACAAACUGCCUCAGUACACCAAAUAAAAGUAAUGCCCUAACAUUCCCUGAUGACAUUUUAUAAGAUCCUAGAAAUAUGAUACUGUGGCUUGUUAAGUGCUAGAUGUUCAGCUGAAUUCUUAUAGGCAACUGGCAAAAUUUUCCAAAAUGUAUGUCUAAAGUGAUGAAUGUAGAUAUGAGUAACUGUCUGCUGAGUAUUAUAUGUACUAUACAACACUUUGACUCGAGUGAGUUAGAACAAUGAUGGUAAAUGUAAUGCACAGUAUUUAUUUAUUUAUUACCUCUGCUCACGAAGCAGAGCUGUUCUCUUGUCAAACACACGUGUGU